GAAUGUUGUAUUAUAUUAUACCUUUAUUUUAAUUAAAUAGAUCCUGCUAUGAUUACCACUCCUUAUAAUUCGAGAAUUUUGAAAGUCCAUGAAGAGGAGUACCCUGAUUUAUUUCAAAAAUUAUUCAAGAACAAAAAGAAAGAUAAGAAAAAAUCUAUUAAGGCCGUUACUAGUAAAGAACUUGUGUCCCCGAAAAAAUUAAGUAAACGACAGACAACUGAUAAAGAAUAUUUGAAAAACGAUUCCCUUCAACCAGUGGACAUGGAUGUGGAGACAUAUUAUGAUUGUAUUAAUCCUAUUGACGAUGACGACGAAAAGAAAUUAGAAUUGUUUGAUUCUUUGGACGAUCACACGUCAGAAUAUCGCACUAUUACCAACACAGAUUCUUCUAUGAUCAACACUUCUUAUAAUUCAAGAAUUUCAAAAAUUUGUGAUGGAGGGUACCCUGAAUUAUUUCAAAAGUUAUUAAAAAAUAAAAAGAAGGGACAGAAAAAAGUUAUUAAGGCAGUAACGCCAAAGGAAAUAAUGUCACAGAAAAAAAUUAAUAAACGUAAACAAUCGGCGUCAGAAAAAGAAUAUUCACAAGACGAUUCCCCCCAAUCAGUAGCCAUGGUUAUGGAAACAUAUGAUAGUAAUAAUUAUAUUGGUGAAGACGGCGAAAAGAAAUUAGAAUUUUUUGAUUCUCGAGACGAUUAUACGUCAGAAUAUCGCACUAUGACCGAAACGGGCAUAUAUUUUGCCCGAUAUUGUAAUCAAACAUUUAACAACGUCAACGGUGUACACAGUCACGAAAAUGUUCUCACUGGAAACACUCCUCUUCAGUGCGACGUUUGCUUUAGAAUGUUUAGUUGUAAAUCUAAAUUGCAUAGACAUAAGACGCAUUCUGGGGGAGAGGCCAUAUUCUUGCAACGUUUGUUGUCAAUCAUUUUCGCAAAAGAUAACAUUGGAUAGACAUAAAAGAACGCACACUGGGGAGAAACCAUAUGCGUGCAACGUUUGUGGCCGAUCAUUUGCUCGACAAUCAGCUUUGGUUGUACAUUACAGAAUACACACAGGCGAAAGACCAUACGAGUGCGGCCAGUGUGAAAAAAAGUUCUCAGCAAGUGGUGAGUGUACAAAACAUAUACGAAGAGUUCAUAUCAAAUGUUUUUAAACUUGUUAUGAACGUUUGAAUUCGUCUAUUCGGGCGUUCGAGACGAACAAGAAACAAAACCAUAUAGUUCUUACUCUCAACGACGAUCGUCCGUUGUGAAUAAAACCUUGUAUAUAGCUGUAUAGUAACUGCGAUUCCCACUGGCGCCUGGCCUUAUACUUUCAUCGAUCGUCCUCGAAAUUGGUCGCACCGGGAAAUCUUCUUACUCUUGAGUGAGACGCUUGUACCAACACGUUCUUACAUCAUUUUAUGUAAACUCUUUGAACGAAGAUCGCAAGUAGGUCAGAAACAUCACGCGUUCGACAUUUGUGAUAUUUGCUUUUUCGUAGAAGUUACUCUAUUCAACCAUUUCAACCACAAUAUAGAAACACGCACUCUGAAAAACGUAUAUUGUUGCGAUAUUUCAAAAAGCUACGUAUAUUUCUUAAUUUGUUACAAACGUUAUUAUAACUAUAUUAACAACCAAAUGUGUACAGUAAUGGAUGUAUUGCUUCUAUCAAUGUAAAUAUUCUCUACCGUAGAAUUAUUCUGUGAGCAGAUAGCGAGUAUAAGCUACUCGA